GUUCUGGUUGUUUGGGGACCACCCCCAAAACCCCUUUUCCCCCCCCCCCCACCCCACAGAAACCCACCGCACAGUGCUGAACCAGAUCCUGAGGCAGUCCACCACCCACCUGGCCGACGGCCCCUUCGCCGUCCUCGUCGACUACAUCCGCGUCCUCGACUUCGACGUCAAGCGCAAGUAUUUCCGCCAGGAGCUGGAGAGGUUGGACGAAGGCCUGCGCAAGGAGGACAUGGCCGUGCACGUGCGGCGCGACCACGUCUUCGAGGACUCGUACCGGGAGCUGCACCGCAAAUCCCCCGAGGAGAUGAAGAACCGACUGUACAUCGUCUUCGAGGGCGAGGAGGGGCAGGACGCCGGGGGGCUGCUGCGCGAGUGGUACAUGAUCAUCUCCAGGGAGAUGUUCAACCCCAUGUACGCGCUGUUCCGCACCUCGCCGGGCGACCGCGUCACCUACACCAUCAACCCCUCGUCCCACUGCAACCCCAACCACCUCAGCUACUUCAAGUUUGUGGGGCGCAUCGUGGCCAAAGCCGUCUACGACAACCGGCUGCUCGAGUGCUACUUCACCCGUUCCUUCUACAAACACAUCCUGGGCAAGUCUGUGAGGUACACGGACAUGGAGAGCGAGGAUUACCACUUCUACCAGGGCCUGGUCUACCUGCUGGAGAACGACGUCUCCACGCUGGGCUACGACCUCACCUUCAGCACCGAGGUGCAGGAGUUUGGGGUGUGCGAGGUGCGGGACCUGAAACCCAACGGAGCCAACGUGCUGGUGACCGAGGAGAACAAGAAGGAGUACGUGCACCUCGUCUGCCAGAUGCGCAUGACCGGGGCCAUCCGGAAGCAGCUGGCCGCCUUCCUGGAGGGUUUCUACGAGAUCAUCCCGAAGCGCCUCAUCUCCAUCUUCACGGAGCAGGAGCUGGAGCUGCUCAUCUCCGGGCUGCCCACCAUCGACAUCGACGACCUCAAGGCCAACACCGAGUACCACAAGUACCAGGGCAACUCCAUCCAGAUCCAGUGGUUCUGGCGGGCGCUGCGCUCCUUUGACCAGGCGGACCGGGCCAAGUUCCUGCAGUUUGUGACAGGGACGUCCAAGGUCCCUCUGCAGGGUUUUGCUGCCCUCGAGGGCAUGAAUGGAAUCCAGAAGUUCCAGAUCCACCGCGAUGACCGCUCCACCGACCGCCUGCCCUCAGCGCACACCUGCUUCAACCAGCUGGACCUGCCGGCCUACGAGAGCUACGAGAAGCUGCGGCAGAUGCUGCUGCUGGCCAUCCAGGAGUGCUCCGAGGGCUUCGGGCUGGCGUAGCCCCGGCCCCGCCUAUAAAUAUAUAUAUAUAUUUUUCGGUUC